AUGCUGGACGUGUUGAUCAAGAAGUCGUCACCAGCGCUGUGGCUGUGCAUCCAAAUUUUACGCUUGGUGCUUAGCAUUAAAGAGCCAGAGCUCACCGAUGAAUCUUUUCGAGCUCACUUGCUCGAUUUUCCGGAUGAAGUUUUGGCGCAAUGCAAGACACUUGAACCGGAGGAUAUAUCGCAGUUGACUCACGAGCAGCUCUGCUCCUUGAUGGACGACGCUGAUUACGACCCAGCGUUGGCAGCACGUGAGAGCGAGUCCGGCCUCUUCUUAGAUAUCCAUACCACGCUAAUGGAAUUGCGCAGUAGGAUGGAGCAAGAGCACUCAGAUAACAAACGUCUCUCUCCGACGGCAAAGUUCAUGGUCGGAGUUGAUGGCAGCCGUCAAUCCUAUCGUGCUUUUGAGCUGGCGGCACGCUUGCGACGGCAAGGGCAACUUGUGGUCAUUAACGUGGGCGAAGAGCUCGCUGCUAGUCGCCAGCUCCCGCAGAUUUCAGGAGAAUUCAUCACUGAAGAAUAUAAAGCUCAUUGCGCGCGACUGCAACUACCGACGAAUCGUCAACUCUUGCUGAUAGCGGAGCGAGAGCGGGUCGACUUCCUCGUCUUAGGAGCCCAUGGAAAAGGUGGACCAGCAAUCGACCAAGUGCAUCACGUUCCACGGGAAGUUCUGCGCCGUGUCACUUCAAUCCCUACAAUAGUCGUGCCUCCAGCCCCUGUGAGCUCAGUCUUCAGUAAGCAGUACGUGUUCGUUGUUGCCGUGGAUAAGUCAACGACUGCAGCACGUUGUCUCAACGCCACACUCAAGCUAAUGCGACCCGUGGAUAUUCUACGAAUUGUCCAUUUCUAUGAGAAUCCGAUCACUGGAGAGUACGACGUUGAGCCGUUCGAAUGGUAUAAAGGCGUCAUUGCAGGGGCACAGAUUGACGGUAUAGUGGAUAUUCAGCUUAUUGAGCGCACUAGUACCAUUGCCGAGAGCUUGCAAGAUUACCUUUCGACGCACACGGCAGCUUACUUGGUGCUUGGUGUGAAUGGCGAAGGUACCGAAAAGAAAGCUGAAGACCCUGAAGCCGAAGAAAUUGGUGAACAUGGCAAACAUAUUGGUCGACUAGCAUCCGCCAUGCUCUUUUCACCUCGCUGCACGUUGUGCCUGUGUCCGUAG